AUGUCAUUGAAGGUGUCAUAUGACACAGUGUGUGAUGUCAUUCAAGGAUAUAACGACAGCAUGCAGGAGCGUAACGACUUGUGUCUGGUGGGCGAACACACGGAGCAAGCCGGCGAGCAGGUGAAGAAGGUUUGUCAGUUUAAACGCAGCACACUGCAGCAGUGCUCCGGUCUCACAGACGGCAGCUUCGGAUACGCAGACGGGAAACCGUGCAUCAUCGUCAAGAUGAACCGGGUGAUUGGACUGAGACCAAGAGGAGACCCUUACAUCAACUGUACUGCCAAGAGAGACACUCCGUUACAGAUGCAGUACUUCCCCUUCGAGGGCCGGAUGGAUAAAAUGUUUUUCCCCUACUACGGAAAGAACAGUCAUCCGGACUACGUGCAGCCGCUGGUCGCCGUGCAGCUGAUGCUAACGAAGGAAGACUACAACGUGGAGCAGACGGUGGAGUGUAGGGUCGAGGGUUCGGACCUCCGGAACAACGACGAGCGUGAUAAGUUUCUCGGUCGCGUCACCUUUCGGGUCAAAGUGUCCGAGUAG